UCUCACCACCUCCCUCCUCGCCGCCCAAGAGAAAGACCGCCACCGUCCCGCCAUGGCGUCCUCGGGCUCCGACACCGCGGCGCCCCUCGCCGCCAUGAAGAGCCUCGUCCAGACCACCUCUUCGCUCAUCACCCAGCUCGAGAGCUACCUCCACUCCGUCGCCGUCACCACCAACCCGGCCUCGGCCGCCACCCUCUCCUCGCCGCACCCGGGCACGCCCACCUCGAGCAACCCAGACCACAGCGACCCCUUCUCCCUCGCCCACGACAGCGCCAGCCUCAUCCGCGCCCACUCCACCAAGCUCUCCCUCUUCAUCAUCAACAACCCCUUCACCCCCACCGCCAUCUCAAAGGUCCUUCGCGAGCUCGUCGCCGGCCCCAUCCCCGCCAUCGCCUCGGCCGUCCAGCUCUGCGACCCCGCCCGCUACACCUCGGCCGCCCGCCGCGACCUCGCCUGGCGCUGCUACCGCGUUCUCCACGAGCUCCGCGUCCUCGUCGACGUCAUCCCCCUCGACGGCAAGAUCCUCUCCGACAAGCAGAAGAACGGCGCAAAGGGAGACAAGGGCAGCCUCGUCUCCACCGGUGUGCUCUGGGCCGCCUGCGACGACGUCAUCGCGCUCAAGAGCCUCGGCAUCGCAGGGUUGUUGGUCAAGAAGGUCGAGGAGUACAGGGACACGCUCAAAGACGUCCUCGAGGAGCUCAAGGAGUGGAGCGAGGAGGUCGAGGAGGACUCGGACAAUGACGACGACAACGACAACAACAACAACAACGGUGUCGCGGACAUCACGGGCGGCAUGCAGAGCACACACCUCUCUGCACAGGAGAUGAUUGACGACCUCAUGGACGCCCCGCGCAUCCCGCGCAAUGACCCCGACCGCAUCCGCGAGCGCCUCGACUCGUGCCUCAAGCGGCUCCGGCUCACAACGCUCAUGUACUCGGCGGUAGUCAAGCGGCGGCUCAAGCCGCUGAGCGCCUCCAAGCUUCUCCCCGUGCCGGCGAGUGCCGUGACAGAGGACGCGCCGUCGGGGUCGGUGGCCAAGAGGCUGGACGAGGUCAUGCCGCUGCUCAAGGGCCUGCCGCACAGGUUUGGGGAUGUCGCGGCCGCCUUCUACGACUUGGACGCCGACGCGAUCGACCGCGCGAUGGACACGUGCUUCUUUGAUGCGUUUGCCGCUUCCGACAUGCUCAUGAAGCCGUGGGACGGGAGCGUGAAGGACGAGUUUACCGACUGGGCCGAGAAGUUUCAGAUUAGCAUCAAGAAGCCGGACUGAGACGCGCAUAUGAUACCAAAUACAAAUUACACCUUCCAAAUCUUUAUGUC